CAGCAAAGCAUUGACUUUAUGACCAGGCGCCGCCGGAAAAAGCACCGUGACGACGACCUCGACGACAUUAAAUGGCCGGUUACGACUGUCAAGCACGACAAAUAUCGGAACGGCGACACGCUUCUCGAUGAGCCCCCCGAGAGGCCGACGCCCUUCGACGCCUAUCAGUAUGGCGCGGUCGGUGACAGCCCCGCGCCCGCGACGCCUGGUCCACAGCACCAGGAUCUGCCCGCAGUUGCCUCGAGCAGGUACACCAACCCAUGGGGCAGCACGCCGCCGUCAACCGAGGCCGCAGGACGCUCGACGAGCCCGCCAGCCGCACCAACGAGCGAGGGCAGCGUGUACAGCGGCACGGCGCCCAGCGCAAGCGAACACAGCGCCGGGCGCCGGGCUCUGCAGGUGCGCAACCUCGCGCCGACCGCGCCUGCAUUCCCGCCGGGAGACAUAAAAGACCGGACGGUAUUUCUCAGUGCCGACCGCGGUCUCCACGUCGCCCCGGGCGCUGCGUCUGGGUCCGCAUCUGGCGCCCAGCACUCGCCUGUGCAGCCUGGGCAGGCGGGCCCGUCGAGCUCCAGUGAAGCGGUGGAUGCGGCUGCGGCUGCCUCCGCGCCCUUCCAGCAUCAAGAUGCCGGUGCCGUGCCCAUAGCGCAGGCUCGACGACCACAAAAAGCAGCUGAGGCGAGGUCGGACGCUGUUGACCAUGUUGAUGCUCCCCCUGCGUAUGAGGCUUAAAAGACUUUGUUUCAUGUCUCCGGACCCUAUGUUUUAUGGUUGUUACUUCGGACACUGAUAGUGUUAAUACCGAGUAUCUCUGGCCCUUUACUUGUGUGAUACCUCCAGAGACUCGACUCCGUUAUUUGCAAUAGUUUUGGAGGUCCCAGUGGUGUGCAGUUCCAUUUCGAUCUGUCUGCGAUGCUAUUAGUACAUCUUAUGUGAAUGUGUCAAUAUACCCCGUAAUUGUGACA